AUGUGCCGAAACCAGAUCCAGAACCAGACGAAACUCGAAGAUGUUAUCGCGCCUCUUCCUCAAAAACUGAUCCAUGCCUUCACUAGGAAUAGCGACAUGAACUUGUCCGGAUUCUACUGCCGCUGCGCUUUAAUUGUUUUCCUCGUCUUCUGGCUCGCCUUCACGAUCUUCUACGUGCUGAUGAUGCACGGCAACAAUGGAGAGUUGACAGAAGCCGAGAAUGAGAGGAUUCUGUAUAGAGAAGUGAGUUGUGGUUUGGCAGUGAAUAUUUAAGCUUAUUUGAAAAUAAUAUUCGUUUAAUAUAUGCCUGAAACUGAGUUUUUAAAAAAUUUUUAUUGAAAAAAAUUAAAACAUUUGGUAACUUGUAAAUUACUAGACUUCCAACUUAGUUAUGCAAAUGUGUUUUAUCAGUAAGAAUGUUUAUACUAUAGUAAAGAUUCAUAUUACUCAGUUAGUAGACCCACACAGAAUAGGUAGCUCAUAUUGACUGUAAAAAACAUUCCUAACUAAAGUAACAGUAUGUACUUUUUGAGUAUUUAAAUUUAAAUUUGUUUUAGCGACACCCAUGGCAAUAG